UUUGCUUUCAAAUAUUUUACCACCUUUUUCUCUUUGUAUUUUUUUGUCAGCAAAAAAGAAGAAAAGAAAGGAGUAGCAACGGUCACGUCGAACCAAUGAUUCAUCGUAUUUCCUAUCUCUUUUUUGGAUUUUUUUGGGAAUUUUUUGUCUCUUUGUUGUAAUCCUUUCAACAUUAACGAGCUGUCUCUUUCCUCUCUUCUUUCCGUUCUUCCACCCCUCGAUCUUCUUCAAGCUUUUCUACUUCUUGGAUCUGUAGGAAUCGUUAACGACGAGGACCCUGCUACUCUUCUAUUUUUUUUCUUUUCUUUUUUCUUGAAUAUAAACGUCCUCUUACAUUUUCAACACCAAUUUUCUUUUUUCUGUUUUUUCUUUCUUUCUUUCUUUCUUUCUUUCUUUCUUUCCUUUUUAUCUGAAUUUUUGUUCUUAUGAGAUUCUUCGAUGUUCGUCGUAUAUUAUAGAAAAAAACAAACAACAAGAAUCAUCAGGAAUAUCAUGGUCAACAUCUUGAAAAUAACCAAAGCCCUUGGCAAAAAGACGAGAACAACGACGAAGAAGCUAUCGGCCUCUUCAUCAUCAUCAUCAUCAUCAUCAUCGCCCUACGGGACUCUUGCAAAAGAAGAAAGGGCUGUCAAGUUGGUGAAAAAGGAGUGAACAAUGUUCCAGGAAGAAAGUUCGUGGCAUUUCCAGGAUUCCGAUUAUGAGCUAACAAACGGGGUGGUGAUUCCGUGCUAUUCCAAGAGAUAGACCCCUUUUUUCCAAAUUAUUCUUAAAAAAAAAAUUAAAAAAAAGGGAUACAAAUUUGUGUACGUACGCAUGUAGUUGUGAAUCGGUGUUUAAAAAAUUACGAUCGGAAAAUAUCGGACGGAAGUACCUUGGAUCCUGUCUACAGGGAUUUACGGCCCAUUUCCGGCCCGCCAUAUUGGCGGCAUGGUCCUUUGGGCCAGUAUAUUAUUUCUGCAGGGAGCUGGAUUCGCCGGCUCGAUGACGAGCGGUAUUCCGGGAGGUCCGGAAAAUAUAACGGUGAUGUUCCUAAACCCGACAUCCGUCCGUGUUUCUUGGAGCACCAGCCAGGUUGAACAGGUUGAAAAGUACGAUGUUACCUAUAAACCGACGGACGCCAGUUACAGGGUGGUGGCGGUGGUCGCAGGAAAUAGCGAAGCAGUAACCCUAAGUGGUCUAAGGGCUGACACGCAGUAUCAACUAAUAGUCACUGCCGUUAGAGCUGGCAGAAAGUAUAAAAGUCGACCAAUCGUCUUCCGCACGCUCGAACCUCCGAGAACGUUUCCUCAGCAGGAUGCAGCAGUAACAAAUGGACCACUUCCACCAUCUCCGCCGGCUUCUCAACCUCAACCUUACAUACAAAUACGAGGGGUAGAAGUUGGUAUAGUUAUACUGGUGUUGAUUGUAUGGGCUGGUGCUAUAGCACUGUUCUUCAAUCGUUGGGGUAAAAUUCGCAUGUUGUUGCCGUAUCAACCGGAUUACAAGGAACAAUUGAAAGUUCCUGGUACCGGAGUUUGUACGACGACCAAUACAGCGUAUCCUCAACAUUCCAGUCAACACACCUGUUCCCAGCAUCAGCACUGGUCGAGCCAUCAUGUGGACUCCUUGGACAGUGGCAGUGGUUUAGGUUGGCCAAGACCCACAAGACCACGUGUCAAUAGUGCCAUUGAUGUCGCUGGCUUCCUAUCACAGGAAUUCCUACGACGACAUGGGUCCACGUCAAAAUUAUGUCGAAAGGUUCGCAGUGCCGAUAAUUUGCCAUUGGCUUCGGUCAAUCGGCAAACUCAUCAACGAAAAAGUUCCAGAAGCGAGGGAAACGAAGCUGAUCGCGAAUCUUUCUUGAAACCAAAUCAAGAGGAUCAAGAAAGAUAUGAAAUUGCUAGUCCAAAAAGACAAGGUAGUCCUGAAAGUGGUUCAAAGGAUUUAACCGAGACAUCCUUGUUGGACUCCAAUUAUCCACAAUCGUCUUCGAGGGACUCGCCAGUACCACCUACAACAUCGUUGGUAGCAAAACGAUUCAGUGGGUGGCGAGUAGCAAGUAGUCACGAUUACGUUAAAUGUCCCAUUCAACAACCAGCUUCUAUGGACGAACGGUGUUAUAGAAGAUCGUACGAGCCAGAUAGUGGUUUUAUGUCUCGACAUCAUCAUCAUCGGCAUCACCAUCAUCAUCGUUUAGAUGGUGAACAUUAUUCAAAGAGUUACGAUUAUUCAAAACGUACACCGGAAUCUAGCAUAGACGUUAAACACUUUGGAUUACCGAUUUUGAGCGUGAGCGAACCAAGCCCACCAGAUGAGGAUGGUAGGGUCGACGAUUAUUUGUAGAAUUUGCUUGCCGAGGAUUUCCUUAAGGAACUCCUCGUAUGAUACAAAUAAUUACCAUAUCCCUUUAUAUUUUUCAUCUAUUUGAUCUAUCUCUAUCUCUAUCUCUAUAAUAUCUUCCUUUCUCCGUGUAUUUUUCCUAUAUACAUAUACAUAUAUAUAUAUAUCUACCAUAAGUGAGCAACCUGUUGUUAAAACAAACAUCCGCAUUAAACCACGCGAAUAGAAUUAUCGAUUCAAACUGAUUCGCAUUAUCUAUGAUAUUAAUAAAUCCAUGCAAUGUUUCAUUUCAUUCGAAUUAGAACAAUGCUAAAUCCAUGGAUGCAAUGUUUCA